AUGGUAGCCGGCUCUGGUAAAAAUCAUGCCUCUGGUGGACACCAUUCAGGACAUGGUGAUAUUGGAAAAGCAGCAAGCGCCUAUCCAGAUCGAUUUCCUAAUUCUUGUGAAUUUCGUGUGCCAGAUUGGCGUUCAUAUAAAGUCGAUGGUAUACCUGAAUUAGAAAGUUACCGUUCAAAAUUAACGAAUAAAGGUCUUCGUGAUCCUUGGAUUCGAAACCAAGUAUGGUUAUUCGAUCCAAAAGUUGGUGCUUAUCCACAGUGGCGUAUUGUUUUACGUACUGCUUUCUUUGGUGUUCGUUAUGCUAUGGUAGCAUUGGCUACUUGUCUUAUAACAGAAAAAAUCUUGGAAAAAGCAUUUCCACCAUUUCAUGCGCAUCUUCACUUAUACAAUCCGGAUAAACCGCAUUCACACGAUCAUCAUAGUGACCAACAUCAUCAUUAA